AUGACGACCUCUACCAGCUUUGGCGCUUUCACCAGCCACCUCAUCGGCAACCAUCAUAUCAACGAGCCUACCAUCAACCACAUGCCCGCUUCGGUCAAGUCUGCAGGCUCGACCGUGUCGUCACUGCCCAGAGAGCGCUCCAUUACUCCGAGACAUGUCUUCACCAGUCUCGACGAGGCCCAUCAAGCCAUCACCACCAGAGCCGCGAAACAAGCCGCACACAUUACGGAUAACGGCGCUCACUCUGCCUUGAUCCCUGGCGAGUCAUCUGCUGGCUCUUCCGUCAAUGCCGUCUACUCCAAGUCGACCACCGACGCCGACGAGCAUUCCGCCACCGAGUCCCACCGCUGCCCGACUCAUGAUGGCUUCUCCCGCGGACGUCGCAUCAGUCCUACACACUUGCGUCGCCGUUCAUCCAGUGUUCCUGACUUCAGCACUCGUACCCUUCCCUACCCUGACUGGGAAGAGAUGACUCCGGCUGCUCGUGCCAGUUAUCACGUCGCAAAGGACCCUGUUGACAACCACACUCCUGACAACUCCAUCAACACACCUCGCGAGACUGGAAGCACCGUCGAAAACAUCGUGGAUCAGUACCUACCUUCGGCCACCAUUGACUCUUCACCCUCAGCCGACGGCCAGCACAGCCAAUCCACCAAUGAUGCAAGUGUCCACCACUCCUUGGACAAUGGAGAGACCGUCGAGCCUCCUCAGACCCGAGAAAACAUCACCUCUGUCCCCUUUGGCUGUACUUCAAAGCUUUAUCGCAUUCAUGGAUCCCCUCCUCGGAUUCCUCAGCCGCCAAUUCAUGCAGUCAAUCCCUCAGUGAUCCGUGCCAACCUCCCAGAGGACCAUACCAGCACCCCAGAGUGUCAUAACAACAUCUUCCGGGAACACUCCUGGUCAACCAUGUCAACCGCGAGCUCUGUCGACAUCGAAGACCUUCUCGAUAAUUGCGACGAAAACAAUGUCGGAACAUUUGCGACUUCCAGGAAGGGCAACCAUUACGUCGAAGCCAGCCGCCACGAGUCAAACAACAACCAAGCGGCUCGUGAGACUACCACCGGCAGUGGCGCGUUGUCCAACGCAGCCUUCUCGACAGGCGGUCUUACAACAGACUCUGACGACGAUCCAUUCAAGUACGACCGGGGAUCAUACACGGUCUUCCUUCAGCCAUCUCGGGAAAGAGAAGUCAGUGCUGCGCUUCACCGUGUCAGUGGCGUCAGCACCACUUGUACCAACAAGACUGACCACACUGGCCAUGUAUCAGCCACGCGUGGCCCAGUUGGCUCUGCGGCACCUCCCAUGCCUCCUUCAAAUGGGCUCACAUAUUACAACUCCGCUCAAAGAGAUAACAACAUUCCCGACAAGCGUAUCAUGAAGAAACUCGAUCUACGAUCUUAUCCCGCCCAACACCUUGCAUGGGACGAAUUCGAUGAAGAGUUUGACGAGAACCUCGAUGCUGUUAAGACCGACGGAGGUGAUUGGGAGACAGUCGGGUCGAACCUCGAUGCUGUUAAGAGCGAUGGAGGGGAGUGGGAGACAGUCGGUUCCAGUGUUGGCCAGUUCAACAGCCAUCGAGCUUAUGCGUCCGGGACUGGCUUCGGCACUCAUUUCGGCUUGAGGACCACAGGAAGCAGCAUUGCAGACUACUCUGACGCCUCAAGCCUCGCUGAAACCUUUGGCGCUUUUGCAUCAACCGAAAAGAUUAUGCAACAUCCGAUGAAUGGGAAGUACGACAACUACGUCAUUCGGACACUCAAGGGUGACAACCGCCCAGUCUUCCUUCCUCAACCAAGGAUCCAUCGAGUUAACGGCUAUCCCCAAGAUUCAUGCCGACUAUUUGACCAAGCCACGACAUCAAGCAGCCAGGGCUCAUCUACAAGAGCAUACUUGGCCGAGAAACUCACUGCCCCGUUCCGUUCUCUGACCUCCAACAAGAACAUCGAUGGGAGACAUCCCUAUAGGAGCAAUCAAUCCGGCCCGGACAGCGACAAGCAACGAAGAGAGCAUGGCUUGAAACUAGCUGAACUCCCACCGCAAACUCCCCGAGCCCACGAUUCUCUUCAAACCGAUAAAUCGUUCGGCCCGGAAUCGCCACAGUACUCGGACACGAAAGGACAGUCUUGUAUCUUGCAUUUCGUGGAAGGCAUCCAACAAACUGACGAAGAGAGUGGCGCCCUCCACUCCACAUACCCUGCCGAGAAAGCCAUUGCCCACUCACUAUCACGAGCCUGUCUCCAACCACCGCCUCUCAAUCCAAAACCAAGUUACCAGCAAGGGGCGGAAGGCAACUCGUUUGUCAACCUUGAGCAGCGCUAG